CAUCACAUGCCACUUGAUUCUUUAUUAGAAUUAGAAUUAUAAUCAAGAAACAAUUGUCUGAAUUUUCUUUAAUUUUCAAAAUUUUCAACAAAAAAAAAUGUUUACCGAUGAAGAAGCAAAAGUUUAUGAUCGACAAAUUCGUCUUUGGGGUGUUCAUGCUCAACAACAGAUUCGUGCAACCGAUGUUUUUCUUGUUUGUCUGGAUGGAUUAGCCACCGAAGUAGUUAAGAAUUUAGUUUUAGCCGGUAUUAAUUCGAUUACAAUACUUGAUGAUCAACCUGUAACACAAUUCGAUAUGUUAUCCAAUAUAUUCAGUCGUAAUCAAAUCGGUAUGAAUAGAGCGGAAGCAUGUCAAAAAGCCGUCAAUCAAUUGAAUCCAAUGGUCAAAGUGAACAUAAAGAAUGGUUCGCUAUCAACAUUGUUAUCCGAUGAAAUGGACGCAAAAAGUUUUCUUAAAUCCUUCAAUGUUGUUAUACUCGUUAACAAUGGUCUAGAUAUGGCUAUCAAACUUAAUCGAUUCUGUCAUGAACUUUGCAUACCAUUCUUUUUCGCUUGUUCGUGGGGCUAUCUUUCUAUGGUUUUUCUCGAUCUUGCAAAACAACAUAAUGGCAUCGAUUUUAUUCCAAUCAAACAAGCAUUCGAACGGAAAACAAUCACAUUGAAGAAUAGUGGAAAAAACAAUAUUUCAAAACGUGAAAUGAUUAAAAUAGAAAAGUUGAAAACCAUUUUCCUUCCAAUACUAACAUUAUUCCGUUAUCAUGAUAAAAAUGGUAAAUUUCCCAUACUUUGUGCUGAAUCCGAUCAGAAUAUGAUGGAAGAAAAGUUAAAAACAAUUGAAAAGGAAAUUUUAAAUGAAUUGAAUACAGCUGGCAGUGGCGACAGUCAACAACAAGGAUGGAUAUCAACAACGACAACAUUGAAUUGUGAUUGGCCGCGAAAAAUCUAUGGCCAAUUUACCUUCAUCAGCAGUAUUGUAGGUGGAUUUUUAGCACAAGACGUGAUUCGUACUGUGACUGACGAUGAUUCGAUUGAUUAUAAUACAUUUCUAUUCUAUGAGAUUAAUGGUCAUAAUAUUAAUAUUGGCCUAUAGUUUAUGAUCGAUCGUUAAAUGACCAAAUUGAUGAAUGAAAGAUUUUCAUUUAUUAUCUAAAGAUGAAUAAACAAUAAUCAAUAAUCACCAU